GUCGUCUUCUACGAUUGCAUCUACUCGACUGUCUACAUAUCCCGAACACCCUUGCCACUGUAUAGUGCCCAAAGUUUCUCUCUCUACCCACCUUCAAGUUUCUCACCAUGGCUCCUCAAACAAUCAUAAUCAACUACACCCCCGACAAGCGGCUCUCGCUCCUGGACGCGACCACCAAACAGCCGCUCUACCACCUCAAGGUCAGCCGGCAGACGCCGCAGAUGGAAAUGAUCCGCCUGACGGGCCACCUUCCCCCGACGGAGGGCGCUGGCACCGACGCUACUGGGACGGGGAUGCGGCCCAUCCCCGUGGACGAAGAGGACUAUUUUGAAUCGCGUGUGUGCACUGCGCAGUUCAAGAUGACCAGCCUGGACGUGAUGCUGCGCAUCCGUGAGCAGCGCAACAUCGAGCUCAAGCGCCAGAAGGUGCUGAGCACGCGGUACUCGUUCGUCUCGCCGGCGCUGUCGGUGGGCGGAGCGAGCGGGCUGGUUGGCGAGGGGGGUCCUGUCGUCCUGACGUGGGAGACGGACUCGGGGGACAAUGCGGUCGGGAACUUUCGGCUGGUGCGUGAGGGGGACAGCAAAGUGCUGGUCAAGUUCCGCAAUGAGGCGUUCUCCAACGCGCGGGUGGGCACCUUUGAGGUGCUGGAUGGGGCGAUGGAUCAGUUGGUCAAGGACGAGGCGGUUAUCUCGGGGCUGGCGAUGCUGGCGAUGAACCAGAGCUUCCACCUGGCGGGGAUGGUCAUGUUUGGUCGUUCUUGAGCUCUCUCUGUGCUAUUUGUGGUGUUUCUCAUUUAUUUCCCCUGUCGUGUCUCUUGUUCCCCUGCUUGCUUUGUGAUGUAUGUACCUCCUGCGCUCUACAACUCGCUACCUGAAUCUACGCACUUGUUCAGAAUUUCUACGUUCGACCCAUGGAGGGUACUAAAAUAUGAACAUGAUUGUAUUCGAAAUAACCAGAAUAAUCGAUCUUGCAAAACACUCGGAACC